CUCAGUACACUAUCCACUCACCAAAUAGCCUCAUGGACUAUUGCACCAGAAGCACACACCCUGUGCCACGGCACUACUCUUUCGGGCUUUGGCUUACGAGCAUUCUUUUGUUCACGGCGGCAACAACGCCGACGACGAAGGGGUGCGUAGAGGGCGAGAGGGACGCCCUCCUCGACUUCAAAACCGGCAUCGUCAAGGAUCCUUCCAGCCGUUUGUCAUCAUGGCGAGGCCGAGUAGACUGCUGCAGAUGGAGCGGGGUGGUCUGUGACAACAGAACCGGCCAUGUCGUGGAGCUCAACCUCCAUAAUUCAGACCGUUAUAACCGUGAGACGUCUAUCGGAGGUGAGAUCAGACCAUCCUUGCUCCUGCUAACUCAUUUGGAGCGCCUCAACCUCAGCCACAAUGACUUAUCGACCGAUGGCCUGCACUGGCUCUCGCGUCUCACUUCCUUGAGAUACCUCGACAUGAGCUUUGUGAACCUUUCCAUGGCCUCCCACGAUUGGCUUCAAGCGGUGAACAUGUUGUCCUCACUGGAGGAGCUACAUUUACCAGGCUGUCGCCUCACCGACCUCCCCUCUUCUCUUUCCCAUGUCAACCUCACAGCACUGGCCACUCUCGAUCUCCAUGGCAACCACUUCAACUCCACCUUCCCCGACUGGCUAUGGAAACUCCACAACCUCUCUUAUCUUGAUCUCAGUUCUUCUAUGUUUCAUGGUGCCAUACCCGCUGGGAUUGGAAAUUUGGCCGAUCUAAGAGAACUUCGUCUGAGUGAUAAUUCACUUUCUGGUCCCGUGCCCAUUGAGAUUGGAAUUUGUAAUAGUCUAAAAUUUAUCUAUCUAAGUUAUAAUUCACUCUUUGGACCCAUACCUGCUGAGAUUGGGAAUUUGAAUAGUCUAGGAGUGCUUUAUCUUGAUCAUAAUUCACUCUUCGGAGUCAUACCUGCUGGGAUUGGGUAUUUGACUCGUCUAGGAGUGCUUUAUCUUAACGAUAAUUCACUUUCAGGUCCCAUACCUGCUGGGAUUGGGAAUUUGACCAGUCUAGGAGAGCUUUAUCUUAACGAUAAUUCACUUUCAGGUCCCGUACCCAUUGAGAUCGGCAAGCUUUCCAACCUCACUGUUCUUUCUCUCUCUAAUAAUUCUCUGGAGGGUACCAUGUCUGAACUCCAUUUCGCUAACUUAACCAAACUAAGUGAUCUUGAUCUAUUCGAAAACUCCCUAGUCAUCUCAAUAGACCACAAUUGGGUUCCUCCUUUUCAACUCCGAUCCAUUAAACUGAGUUCUUGUAAGUUGGGUCCUGCAUUUCCAAGAUGGCUCCGUUCACAAAACUCCAUUGAAUAUUUGGAUAUGUCGAACACAAGCAUCGAGGACGUCUUGCCUGAUUGGUUUUGGAAUAACUCUGCUACUUAUAUAAAUCUCUCCCAAAAUCAAAUUAACGGCACUAUGCCAACUUCCUUGGAGCAUAUGACAAACCUGCAUUAUCUGAAUCUGGGUUCCAAUAUGCUUGAAGGCCUAAUUCCUCAUGUGCAACCUUCCUUGCUUUUUUUGAAUCUGUCUUAUAAUUCUUUUUCAGGAUCAUUGCCAUCAAUCUUUCCCACAGUAGAAUUGAGAAUCUUGGAUCUCUCACGUAACCAUAUUAACGGGAGCAUACCGUCCUUUAUCUGCAACUUGACACAACUUGAAAUCCUCGAUCUAUCGAGCAACCAAAUAUCAGGUGAAAUCCCUUGGUGUUGGCAAGAGACAAACUUCCUUUUCUACAUUAAUCUAGCAGAUAAUAAGCUCUCGGGAGAAAUUCCUAGCUCUAUUGAAAAGUUGACUCAGCUUCGGUCUUUGCACUUAAACAAUAAUAGUCUACAUGGCCUUCUUCCGUUGUCAUUGAAAAAUUGCAGUGGAGUAGUUUUUCUUGAUCUUGGUGAUAAUAAAUUCUCAGGUAGCAUACCUACGUGGAUUGCACAAAAUUUUCUAGACCUAGAGGUACUUCGACUACGCUCAAAUAUGUUUUCAGGUAACAUUCCUGUAGAGCUUGGGCAACUUGAUUAUCUACAUGUUAUCGACCUUGCUAAUAAUAAAUUAUCAGGGCCAAUUCCACACUCCUUUGGCAAUUUAAAUGUUACAAGGAGUUAUGGGAGACUGCGUUUGAAUUUUAUGCCCUUUACAAGGGACCCCCUUCCUUUCUUGUUUUGGGACAAUUAUGAUGAUAGCAUCACUCUAACUAUAAAGGGAAGAUAUUAUAAUUUUUCAAUCAUUCUUUACCUUGUCAACAUUAUAGACCUUUCAAACAAUAAUUUGACAGGAGAAAUUCCAAUAGAAAUCGGGUCUCUUUUAGCACUCCAAACUUUAAAUCUAUCAAGAAACAGUUUUGUCGGCCAAAUUCCAGCGGCAAUUGGUGCCAUGAAAUCAUUGGAAACUCUGGAUCUGUCAUUCAAUAAGUUAUCCGGAGUCAUUCCUCAAAGCUUUUCGGCGCUGAAUUCUCUGAACCACUUGAAUCUGUCUUACAACAAUCUAUCGGGACCGAUUCCAUCGGGGAAUCAACUUCGGACGCUGGAGGAUGCAUCCAUUUAUAUCGGAAAUGUCCAUCUCUGUGGACCUCCGGUGACCAAGAGUUGCUCCGACGAUCCCAACGUCGAUUCGACAGAAGAGGAGUACGAACAAGGAUCUCAUGUGCUGUCAUUUUACUUUGGUACCGGGCUCGGAUAUUUGGUCGGCUUAUGGAGUGUGUUCGUGAUCAUGUUGUUCAAGAAAGAUUGGAGGCUCUUCUAUUUUGCAAUGGUGGACGAGAUGUACGACAAAGCGUAUGUGGCAGUCAAGAUAAGAAUGCGAAAUUGACAUGACGCAGCAAUCAAAGGAAGGCCGGUCGAAUGUGAUGCAAGUUUCUUUUGUGUUAUAAGACCGACUUACUCCACAUUUCGGAAACCCAUGUCUUUCAAGACCAUCAGUCCAGAUCGACAGAAAAAGGAGUGCCGGGAAGACUUCCACGGGGAGGGUGGAUUCAUCUUACUAAAUUGCACUACCGUCGGAGUAAUUCCUUCGAGCCUGAUGGCGACGGCACUCGUUUUUGCUUGGACGGUUCCGUGGAAAUAUAGUAGAAUUGAUCUCUGAAUCCGUCAGAUUGUACUCUCACCAUUAUAAUGUCCUCCUCCUCCGCUGUGGUGCCCGUGGACUCCAUGCUGCUGCAGCCUGCAGAGUCUACCUCUUCACGAAAGGUUUCAACAAUAAUGCACUUGUUGUUCUGCAUUCGUAUCUGGCAAAACCCGGCGCUUCAUUCUGAAGUUCUACUACUCUAUGCGUCUUCCAGCAUUUAACGUAAUAAAGAUGUUUUCCGACUCA